GUUGGAAACUAAAGUACGUAGUAUUGACGUACAGCAACGAACUGUUUUGAGUUAUAAUAAACGAUCUGUAUGCUACCGAGCUGUAAAUGCGACGUGUCUGGUGAGCAGCUAGCAAUGGUGCAAUGACAGGCAGCGUCAUCAAGACAGAAAUCAAAGUAUGUUUCCAUCUUCAUGUAAGGCAUGCCUUUCUCUCUGCAUUGACUGUUAAAAUGUUGCUGAGCCUCCUCUGAAGUCUUCUGUUGGCUCCCAGGGGAGGCGUACCUCACACUUUGAAAAAGCCAGGACUCGGAGGUGACUGACAUGAAAAGGUGUGACGCCUGUUACAGACCUACCAAAAGAGAACUGGAUACACACUUCGCAUAAGAUGGAACAAAAUCCUGAAUUUGGAGAUAGUGACCACAUACAGAAAGAUGACGACGACGUUGGUAUUUCUACUGGCUUGCCUCAUUACACAGAUGAUGAUGACCACGAUACUCAUGAUCGUAGCAGAGGUUGGGAGUCUUUACCCUGUCAGAAGCACAAGCAGUGUUUUCCCAGCCAACGAGUCUUGGAAGGACAUGCGCCUAUCUGCAAUUUGGUGAAGAAUGUGGCACACAAGAAGAACAAAACCUCCUGCAGUUCAGAUUUAGAUGAACAACAGCACAAGAAUGGGCCGCCUUCAGGUUCAGUAAGCUUAGCCUCCCCGCUUGAAAGCAGUAAUACGUCUGUGUUGUUUGCCGAAUGUAACACGUUUCCACCGGAUGCAGAAGAAAACAAUGAACUUGAAGAGGAAAGUCUGCAACAGGUAUUCAUUGCAACAUCAAAGCAUGGAGCUGAAAUUGAUGUGGAGAAUAAAGGGGAAUGCACUGGACAGUACAUGCUAGAUGUUUCCGGCAGUAUCUCAGAGAACCUCAGCUUUUACUUUGAUGGGAAAAUAGUGUCAACGAGUACAAUCAGUGGCUGUGAAACAGCUGAUGCUCAUUCUGCAUGUACGAGUUUGGUUGGACUAGAUACCCUCGUUCUCGAUCCCUCCCAAUUUAACCUAGGCUUAAAUAUUGAUUCAUUUAUGGGCAGUCAAGCAUUACAGGGUCUAGCGCCAGCCAAGAGAAGAACUGCAACACCACAUCUGUUACCCCAAAUUCAAACAGAGCUGGAGUCCGAGGAGGUUGUGUCGUCAUCCACAUCACUUGUGACGUCGUUAAUAGAGAAUUUACUUCCUCAAAAUGCAGAAUCCACAGUUGCUUGCUCGAAAAGAUCCGCUGUGUUUCUUUCCCCAAAGUUGAAGCAACUACUCGAGAUGCAGGACAACUUCAAUCCCGCACUUGCCCAACUUCUAGAUGGCCAAACACCUUGUCCUGUCUCUCCUGGUGUAGCAGGAAAGUUUAAAAGGAGGACUGUAACGCCACAAAAUUCACCUCAGCACGAUGUAACAUCUGAUGAGGAAACAGCAAUGCCAGAUGGAGAUGGCAGUGAUGCUGUUACUUUAUGGCAGAUGGACACCCAGUGCAGCUCUGUGAAUGAACAGACCAAUACAUCACAAAUUGUUGAGGAACCACAAGUGAUUCCCGUUUUGACAGAGAGCUGGCCUCCUGUGUCUGUCAACAACUGUAGUCAGCAACCACUGGAUCUCUCCAAUACAAUGAAGAGAAAUGAACGUGAGGCUUCAGCUAAUACUGCAUUAGAUUUAAGUUUGCAGAAAAGGAGCCUUGAUGAACCUGAACUGAUGUCAAAUUUACUUACUUCAGAGAGAAAUCCAAACUCGUGGAUGGAGGAGGAUAAUGCUGUGAGUGAAGAGCAGAACUUAAGCCUUGAAAACCCUGAAACGCCUCUAGUGACAGACUUCACCCUUGUCGCUGGCCCAAGCAUGAUGGACCCUGUUGCAGAGGGACUCGUUUAUGGACUUGGUCUCCCCCCUUGUUCUCUGAAUUCUGAACCCACCACUCUUGCACCUCUUGGUUUCCCACCAGCGUCCCCAUGCACAAUAGCAUUUGGACCCCCAACUUCACAUGCCAUACUACCGACUGCUUCUUCUUUAAUCACGGUUUUGGCACCACCACUACCUAUUCCUAGCCCCUCAAGCCAGACAAUCCAAGUACUGGCUCCAAAUAUAUCACCUGAGCCCCUGGUACUCUGCACAGAAAAUUCAGUUAACGCUACAAAGUGUGACUUGACUUCUGCGCUCGCAGCUACAAACGCUACAAACCUUCCUGGACUUUCACAACCACUUGACAACUCUCUUAAUCUACCUGGUCACAUGUUUCUCACCGAUCAUAUUGCCUUCAAUUCUCCUAUAAAUGAAGGCAGCCCAGUGCCAGAGAUAGCUUUCACGCCCACUGUAACAUUAAACGAUCCCCUCAGCAACUCGUACAAUAUCACAAGUAACGCUGUGCUGAUAGAGUGCACAAUAUCCCUUGAAACCCCAAUGAAUGUCCCUUCAACUGUUAGCAUGCAGGAAAACACAGAAACACCAGGAUCCACACACAUGCUUGUUAAUCACAUAGAACAGCAACAUAUUUCAUUGCCCAACACUGCAACUGCAGACCCCACCAUUAUAAUGUCCUCUAUUGAAGAAUCGCUAUCUGUGUCCUCUACCACUUCGGUGGUACCAGAUUUUCCUGCAGAACCUGACUCAAAUCCUGACACAGAACAAGUCCUUGAACCAAAGCCUCCAAAUGCAAAAGAAGAGGAACGUGCUGACAUCACUGAUUCGGCAGUGGAAACCUUGGCUGACAUCUCAAACAAUGAUGAGAAGAUGGUAGACCUGCCAUGCAAAUCACUAACUGAGCAGCAGACUUUCACCAAGAACUUCAUCUGCAAUGUGUGCAACCAGUUGUUCCACUCGAUGAAAGAACUUAGUCAUCAUGUCGGUGACCAUGCUGACGAAUGGCCUUAUAAAUGUGAGUUCUGCGUUCUGCUCUUUGACAAGCCCUCAGCUCUGCUAGACCAUCGAUCAAGCCUGCAUGGCGUUGACAAGACUUACGUUUGCAGUGCAUGCACUAAAGAUUUUGUUUACCUUUGCAAUCUGAAACAGCAUCAGGAGGAAUUGCAUCCAGCUCAACAAUGUUCGUUCACCGAAGAAGAAAAGGGAAAAAUAAGACCUCAGAAUUACAACUAUACAAAAGUCAUCACAGAGCCUCCAGUGUCUCAUGAGUCCGAGGAACCCAACAAACGGUUCAAAAAGGAAGAGAAUGAUGAUCUGGCUACUGAAGAAUUAUUUACAACAAAUAAAAUCAUGGCCCUAGAAGGUGGCAAGCUCAAAGGGCCUGACGUUCGUUUUGGCAUUAAUCAGCAUUAUCCCAGCUUCAAGCCUCCGCCCUUUCCAUACCAUAAUAGGUCACCUGCUGGCUCACUGGCCUCAGCCACAAACUUCACCACCCACAACAUCCCACAAAGCUUCAGUACAGCUAUUCGUUGCACAAAGUGUGGUAAAAGCUUUGAUAAUAUGCCUGAGCUGCACAAACACAUCCUGGCCUGUGCAAACGCCAGUGAUAAGAGGCGGUACACACCCAAAAAGAAUCCCAUCCCUCUCCGCCACUUUGCAAAAAGCCAAAAUGGAGUACUAUCCACAACUAAUUCAGCAAAUGAACUUAACGCUUCAAAUGGAGCCAGCCAGUCCAACAGGUCCCCCGCAGAAGUCAAAGUGAAGUUGAAAUUAUUGAACAAGAAGAAGAGAAAAUUCGUGGAAAGGGUCAUGCCUCAGAGGAACAAGUCCACGUCCUCAUCCUCUUCACCCGUGCAUGAAGAUGUCUUUGUUUGCCCUCACUGCAGCAGGGAGUUCACAAUGCGCCGCAGCCGAACCAAGCACAUGGCCGUCUGCCCCCGAAAACCCAAAGAAGUGAGAGCAAGAAAAGAGGGAGGGGUAUCCCUAACUAAGGAAAACGAUGGCCGACUUCAUCGAGUAGCCCCCCAUGUUGAGCAACAGCAAGAAGGGUCAUCUCACCGUAGGACGAGACUCCAGACAUCAGGGCCACCUCAAAGGCCUGUCAUCCCCCCGGCACCGACAAGCUUCUCCAGCAAGAGGAUGAAAACCGACACACCCGCACCAAACAAUGAGAUGUCCACUUUGAACGAACUUCCCUUGGUUCGCUCUUUUAAUCCUCCUCUGCGGCAGUACACGCGAGUGCAUCAUGGCGUCAAAGGGAUUCCUGUUAAAAUAACUUUAGUGAAACAACAACCCAACCUGCAGAGGGACAGUUCACCUUCUACUCAGAGCCAAGAGGAGGCAACUUCUGGUGGCACCUCUGACCAAAGUGCUACAGCUUGAAGACCUUUCAACAGGGCUGCCAGGUCGAUGCACACCCUUGCCGACUGCUCACCCCGCUAUGGCUCAAAGGACUUUAUACUUGACAAGAAAUUACUGAAAAUGAUGACUGAAAAGAAAAAACAUGACACAGUUGAACUUCUUCUGCAAGUGGAUGUGAGUAUCUUGAAACUCUUGUUUGGAAUUGGGCACAAUCCUCCAAUUCGUCAACUUUCCAUCAACCGACUGUAUUUUGCACUUUGAAGUUAAUCUGACUGCUGCGUGUUGAAGAAACGGGAGGCACUGAAUCUGAAAGGCUUCAGUCAUUUCUCGCUUGGGUUACUCAGUGACGUCAGCAUGGAUUUGCACUACUUUUCCCUUAUCGCUCAUGUGCUGCCUUUUUGGGUUUAAAUUCUAUACUGCAUGCUGUGCGCGCUCAUACUACUGUGUUAAUAUGUGUAGAGGAUAUUGUGGCACAUUGCUCUGACGGAGUAGAGACAUUUAUGUGUCAUUAAAAAUGUAUGACAUUAAUUGUAGCAUCAAAAUCAAGGCUAAGCAAAGUGUUUUAUUGGAUGAUUUAAUUUAGGGGGUUACCCAAAUUUGUUAAUUUGUUUUUUAGAGGUGAUAAUUGAAAAUAAAUUUGUGCAGUUGUGGAGCUGUCACAGAAAUGUGCAAAAUGUGGGGAAAAAAACAGCUCCUGUCGUUAUAUGGUGUUUGUGUUUGUAAAUGUAAGUAUUUAUCAACUGUAGAAUUACAAGCACUUCAUCUAAGCUGUCUGUAAUACUUUGUUGUUAAUUAUGGACAUUCAUUUGUAAUGUGAAUCCCAGAAUGGAAAUGUAAGCUUAAUUUAGGGGUAAUGCUGGAUAUCCCUGAAACCUGAAAAUGACUGUUGACAGUUGUAACUGAAAUGCAUUGUCUCUAUAUAUUCAUUAGCUCCUAGUUUAUACAGGGUAAUUAUAUCUGUAAAAUUGAUUUAACUUGAAUUUUUGCCUCUUUGCUGUAACUCUCCUUCAGAAAGGAGUAUUUUGGAUGUGCAGGGUGUUUUGGGGAAACUGUUAUUUAACUGAACAUUUGUGUAGCAUUUCAAUCUGAAAAUCAUGUUUAUUUAUUCAUAAUUGAAAGCCAUGGAAUGAUUCUGAAGAAAUCCUCUGUUUGAUUUGCACUGUUUUUUUUUCCAAGAGCGUGGUCAAAAUAAAUGCAGAAUGUUAGUGUUAUUUAUGUGUAUGGGUUAAUUUACGAGACAAAGGAACACAAUUUAGCAACAAAGUGUUGCUAAAU